UAAGCAACUGCGCGUUGUCUGGCACACUCCGCUGGCUAGAGGCUGCGGCACUGUGCUUCGGCGUCUCCUUUGCAAGUCUGGAGCGCCAAGGGCACCUCGUUAGAGAUGCUGGUGCGGUUUGGAAGGCGCUGUGGACAGGAGAAAGAAAGCACUGAAAUAAAGAACUCUGAAGAUCAAGUACUCUAUCCACCUCUUCUACCUACUAAAGAAGAUCUCCGGCAGGUCACCAUAAUACCACACAAUGAGUGGGAAAGGAUUGUAGAUAGCCUUGAUGAUUUGACAAGAAAAGCUGCAUGCCUUCGUGCAGAAAGAAAGGCCAAGAAAGAAAUGCAUUUCAGAUCCCAAGAAGUGGCAAAACAUUGGACUAAUACAUACGCAGGGAUGAGACAACAGAAACUUGAAGCCAAAAAGAAGCGUGAUGAAGAAAUAGAGGCAGAAAGACAAAUCCUUGAUUUGGAAGAAGAAAUAUAUAAACAAGGGGAAAGAAAAAAGGCCAUUGAAUAUGCAAAGCAAUUUCAAUUUUAUCAGACAGAAAGAGUGAAAAACUUUCAUUCAGGACUACUUCUUACUAGAGUUAUGAAAGAACGUGAUGCACAGAUUGAAUCCCAAAAGAACAAAAUAAAAUCAGAUAAAAAAUGGGAGGAACAAUUGAAACUCAACAUUGAAAAAGCUUUUAAUGAAGAACAAGAAAAAGCAGAAAAACGACGCAGAGAUAGAGUGGCUCUUGCCAAUGAUCAUUUAAAACAAAUAAAGAAACAUGAAGAGGAAGAAGAAAGAAGGAGAAAACAGGAAGAAAAGGAUGCUGAGGAAAUAAAGAGACAGAAUUCAUUAUAUGAAAUAGAAAUGAGAAAAAAACUAGAAAAGAAAAAAGAAGAGAUAAAUGAAAACAGGAGACAUUUUUUUGAACAUAUGAAUGAUAAAAAUAUCAUCAAAGCUGUAGAACAGCAGCGGCAAGAGGAGGAAGAUGAAAAGAUGAGAAAAUUUAUCAAAGCAAAAAAGCGCAUUACACAAAUGAUGAAAGAAAAAGAAGCUGAAACACGCAGGGUAAUGGAGGAACAUAGAGAAAGAAUAAAUAACUUCCUAACUGGACUAAUGAAAGAGAAACUUGACAAUGAAGAUUUGAUUAUUGCUAGAGAUAUUGCAGAAGCAGAGGCUGAAUGGAAAAAAAGAGAACAAGAGAAAUAUGAAAAAAACAAAGCAGAAUUAAAAGCAAUUGCAGAACAUAGAGGCAUUGUGAUGAAAAAUAAAGAGGAAGAAGAAAGACAAAGAAAAAUAGAGGCUAAAGAACAAUUGCUGGCUGUCAUGAAAGCGGAUCAGUUUUUCAGGGAGCAUGAAAGGGAGAAAAAACGCAAAGCUGAUAAAGAACAUCGAGAUGUUCAAGAUGCCCAUAUUCGGCAAAUGGCCAAAAAUAAGUUUAAUGCAAAGCAAGCAAAACAAGCAGAAUUAGAGUAUUGGCGACAUACUGAAGCUCUUGUGGCUGAAAAGGAGAAAGAAUUUCAGGAUUAUGCCAGAGAAGUAAUUGAGCAGGAGUUUGAUUCAACAAAUAAAUAUAUUUAUCCUCUUGUAAAAGCUGCACAGGAAGGACCUGGAGGUGGUCGUGGACCAGUUUUUAUGGACAGAGGUGGAUUAAGACCCAGCUAUCAGGCACAUGAUGCUACUGGUGUCCAGCUCCCUUUCUGUAACUCCCAGGGGCCAAAGUGUAAUUUUCAAAAGUCUAAGGGAAGGCUAGGUUUUACGUGGUAGAAAAGGUUUAUUUUUAAGAUUGAGAGACUAAAGUUGUAGCUAAUGUUAUGAGCUACAAAUGUAAGUGAAUUAUAUGCUUAUAAUUUCUGUUAAUAAAACUGCUCAUCUAAGUAC